GUCCGGCACAGAGAGACUGGAGACCUGUAGAGCGAGCGCACGGUGCCUUAUAUACAGACUGUGUUUAGGAACGCUGAGCGCAGUUUCCCCCGCACACACAAUUGGUCCAGGAGAAUUUAUUUAUUAGGUAGGAGUCGCUCCUGCCAGACACACUUUGUUCAUGACUUUGGGAGUUCACUCGAGGGAAAAGCGCAGCGCAGUUUGACAUCUGUCCACGAGCAAGUGCAACAGUACAGAAGAUAAAUACAACGCAGCACGCAUCUUGGAAAUGGCUUUACCGUGCCUUUUGCCUUCGAUUUCGACGUUUGCAAACCAGAAGGAGAAACUCUGGGAGGAUAGGUGGAAGUGUGUGGAGGACAAACCUCUGAGCGCCGGCUGUCCUCCGCUCAACGUGGCACAGCACAUGGACUCUUGUCGUAGCCGCAAGGAUGAGGAGGAUCUGAGUAAUUAUUUGGACCUGGAGUUUAUCCUGGCCAACACAACGGGACCCCUAGAGGUGGGAGCCGAGUUCGUCUCGCACGCGGAGCCCUGCGGCAUGUACUCGACGGGAGCGUAUGUUCCUCCGGAGCAAUGCAGCGCUCCUCCUCCGCCGUACUCCAACAGCCUCAUGGCCGAGCUUCUGAGAUCCGACAUGGACAGCUCCUACGACGGCGCCAUUCAGGGAAGAUUCAUCGUCAACUCGUUCCCUCGACAGGACUUUAUUGAUAUCAAAGUGGAGCCACCAAUGGACGGUUACGGGCCGGUGAUGGGCAUGGUGCCGCAGAGCUGCCAAAAAAUCAAACAAGAAGGCAACGUUUCAUGCAUGAUGUCUUUCGAGCAACCCCGACUGGCAGUUUCUCCGCAGGCCAUGGGGAAUAUGACGCCUCCGUUGAGUCCGGAUGACUCCCAUCUGCACCCAUCUGCAUUUCCGCAGGCUUUCCAUCACUCGCCUGCAGCUUACGCUCAAAUGCAGAUCCCGUACACGACACGGCACCAGUUCGGCAUGUUCGAGGACACCAUGGGCAUGCAACCCAACAUGCAAAGAGCUCUUCUGACUCCUCCGUCCUCUCCGCUGGAUCUAAUGGAGUCCAAACCCAAGCGGGGACGACGCACCUGGCCGAGGAAGCGCACGGCGACACACACCUGCACCUACGCCGGCUGCGGCAAGACGUACACCAAGAGCUCGCAUUUGAAGGCGCAUCACCGAACCCACACCGGUGAGAAGCCGUACCACUGCAACUGGGAGGGAUGCGGAUGGAAAUUCGCCCGCUCCGACGAGCUGACGCGUCAUUUCCGCAAACACACGGGGAUCCGGCCGUUCCAGUGCCACCUGUGUGAACGUGCAUUCUCCCGCUCCGACCACCUGGCACUGCACAUGAAGAGACACCUGUGAAGCCUGGAUCCACAACCACACAACUGCCUUAUUUAAAGACUUA